UGAUUCCUGAGAAUGCUCCUGAAGCAAGCAAAUGAAAGAGAAUCAUGGCAUUAUUGGUCAUACAAAUUACCUGUUUUGUGAUUAUUCUUGCUACCUCCCAGACUUGCCAGACCCCUGAUGACUUUGUGGCUGCCACUUCUCCAGGACAUGUCAUGAUUGGAGGUUUGUUUGCCAUUCAUGAAAAAAUGCUGUCCUCAGAAGAAUUUCCCAGAGAACCAGAAAUCCAGAAGUGUGUUGGCUUUGAAAUAUCAAUCUUUCUUCAAACUCUUGCAAUGAUACACAGCAUUGAGAUGAUCAAUAACUCAACAUUAUUAUCUGGUGUCAAACUGGGCUAUGAAAUCUAUGAUACUUGUACAGAAGUCACCAUGGCAAUGGCAGCCACGCUCAGGUUUCUUUCUAAACUCAACUGCUCCAGAGAAAUUGUGGAGUUCAAGUGUGACUCUUCCAGCUACAUGCCCAGGGUUAAGGCGGUCAUAGGCGCUGGCUACUCUGAAAUAAGCAUGGCUGUCUCCAGGCUGUUGAAUUUGCAGCUCAUGCCACAGGUGAGCUAUGAAUCAACUGCAGAAAUCCUAAGUGACAAAGUUCGCUUUCCUUCAUUUUUACGGACCGUUCCCAGUGACUUCUAUCAAACUAAAGCAAUAGCCCACCUGAUUCAGGAAUCUGGAUGGAACUGGGUUGGCAUGAUAACCACAGAUGAUGACUACGGACGUUUGGCUCUCAACAAUUUUGCAAUCCAGGCUGCUGCAAAUAAUGUGUGUAUAGCCUUCAAAGAGAUUUUCCCAGCAUUCCUUUCAGAUAAUACCAUUGAAGUCAGGAUCAAUCAGACACUUGAGAAAAUCAUUGCAGAAGCCCAAGUUAACGUUAUUGUGGUUUUUCUGAGACAAUUCCAUGUUUUCAAUCUCUUCAAUAAAGCCAUUGAAAAGAAUAUAAAUAAGAUCUGGAUUGCUAGUGAUAACUGGUCCACUGCCACCAAGAUUGCCACCAUUCCAAAUGUUAAAAGGAUGGGUAAAAUUGUGGGGUUUACCUUUAGAAGAGGGAAUAUGUCCUCUUUCCAUUCCUUUCUUCAAAAUCUGCAUAUGUUCCCCAAGGACAAAAACAAACCCUUAAAUGAAUACAUCAUGCUCUUGUCUGCCUGUGCACAUGCUGAGGACAGUGAUUUGAGUCAAUGUAUUUCCAACCAUUCUCUGGGGACUUUGGUCUACAAGACUAUUGAAAGGAAUUUCUCCCUGAGAAAUGACUUCCUGUGGGAUUACACUGAGCCAGGACUGGUUCACAGUAUCCAGCUUGCAGUGUUUGCCCUUGGUUAUGCCGUUCGGGAUCUGUGCCAAACUCGAGACUGUCAGAACUCCAACGCCUUUCAACCAUGGGAGUUGCUGGAUGUGCUGAAAAAUAUGACGUUUACUGAUGGAAAGAACUCAUUUCAUUUUGAUGCUAAUGGAGAUUUGAAUAUUGGAUAUGAUGUUUUGCUCUGGAAGGAGAUUAAUGACCACAUGACUAUCACUAAAAUGGCAGAAUAUGACCUGCAGAAUGAUGUCUUCAUCUUUACAAGCCAAGAAGCAAAAAAUGAGUUUAAGAAUCUUAAGAAAAUUCAGUCUAGAUGCUCCAAGGAAUGUAGUCCUGGACAAAUGAAGAAAAUUACAAGAAAUCAACAUAUUUGUUGCUAUGAAUGUGUGAAUUGUCCUGAGAAUCACUACACUAAUCAGACAGAUAUGGACCACUGCCUUUUAUGUAACAAUGAAACUCACUGGGCUCCUACAAGGAGCACCAAAUGCUAUGAAAAGGAAGUUGAGUAUCUCAACUGGAGUGACUCCCUGGCUAUCCUCCUCCUGGGCCUCUCCCUCCUGGGUAUCCUGUUUGUUCUGGCCAUCGGCAUAAUAUUUACAAGAAAUCUGAACACACCCAUUGUGAAAUCAUCCGGGGGAUUGACGGUCUGCUAUGUAAUUCUCCUAUGUCAUUUCCUUAACUUUGUCAGCACAGGAUUUUUCAUUGGAGAACCACAAAAUUUCACUUGUAAAACUAGACAAACACUGUUUGGCGUGAGCUUCACUCUCUGUAUCACCUGCAUUUUGAUGAAGUCUCUGAAAAUUUUGCUAGCCUUUAGCUUUGAUCCUAAAUUGCAGAAUUUCCUGAAGUGCCUCUACAAACCAGUCCCCAUUAUCUUCACUUGUACAGGUCUCCAGAUUGUCAUCUGCACACUCUGGUUAAUCUUUGCUGCCCCUGUAGUAGAAGAGAAUGUCUCCUUGCCCAGAGUCAUUAUCCUGGAAUGUGAGGAAGGAUCCAUAGUUGCAUUUGGCACCAUGCUGGGCUAUAUUGCUAUUCUGGCCUUCAUUUGCUUCAUAUUUGCUUUCAAAGGCAGGAAACUACCUGAGAAUUACAAUGAGGCCAAAUUCAUAACAUUUGGUAUGCUCAUUUACUUCAUCGCUUGGAUCACAUUCAUCCCGGUCUAUGCUAACACAUUUGGCAAAUAUCUUCCAGCAGUGGAGAUGAUCAUCAUUCUGAUAUCAAAUUAUGGGAUCAUGUGCUGCACAUUCUUCCCCAAAUGUUAUGUUAUUCUUUGGAAGCGAGAGACCAACACAAAAUCUGCCUUUCUCCAGAUGAUUUACACUUACUCUUCCCACAGUGCUGGCAGCAUUGCUAUGAGCCAUGCUUCUCUGGACUCCAACAAUAGCAGUAUCGCAAUGACCAUCCCCAGAACCGAUGGCAAAUCUGCAGCCUCACAGAAAAGCAAAGACCUUCAGGCAAAAGUGUUUACAGAUAUGAUCAGAGAAAAUAAUCCAAGAGCAUCUAAAACUUUGUAUCGAAAAAGAAUUUCAAGUAUAUGAAUGAGUCCCUUAUGAGCUGACA